UCAACAUUUAUAUUCAAGCGCCGCCUUACGGGGAUUUUGCUCAACACCUAUAUUCCUAGUGGAUUAGUUGUCGUCCUCUGUUGGCUAUCGUUUUGGCUGGAUGUCGAUGCAGUGCCAGCUCGGGUAACCAUGGGAGUUACAUCCCUUCUGAUCUUGUCAACUCAAGUCAUUCAGAGUCAAUACUAUUUACCACCAGUGGAUUACGCCACUUCUUUAGAUAUUUGGCUUCUGGGUUGCAUGGUGAUGGUGUUUGGCUCUUUAGUUGAGUAUUCAUUUGCUUACCAGUAUGCUAAACGUCAGCUAAAGGUACGUUCGAAACACGCUGAUACAGAACAAGCAUGGAAUAUCAAACCAUCCAUACCAAACCUAGAUGUCAUUGAAAGUGGAAGUGACUACAACACAACACAGUCCAGCCUAGACAGCAAAAGUUUCCGGAACAAAUCUUACGAAAAGUCAAAAAGCGGAACGCUGGACAGAGUGUCAAGAGUUGUAUUUCCGUUUAUAUUUUCCAGUUUUGUCACGGUUUAUUGGGGCUACUUCUUAACCAAAGUGGAAGUGGGUUUUUCUGAUACUAAUGCCUCUCUUAGUAAUGUCGAAUGGUAACUUCUUAUUUCUUUAAGUUCGUUUGACUGUCUUCACAACCCUGACAGAACAUCCGGACAUGUAAGGAAAUAACCAACCAAACCUCCCUAGUGGUGUUAACUAUAUAAGUACAUCUAAUA